CUCGCUUCGGAAUGUGUUGAGUUGAAUAAUGCGGAUUCUAAAGUGGAGCGAAAUAUUGUAUUUGACAUUAAUGCGUUUCUUUACUAAGCGUAAUUGUGAAUUGUUCCCAGAAGUUUAGGUUCUGUAAAGGUGACAAGUGAGAUCUGGUUCGAGAUCUCAACUCUACUUCAACCGGUGUAUUUAGGGUGGGGGAAGGACACGUUUCAACUGAAGGUUCCAAGCAUUGUUAUAGUGGUUGAACUGUUAUUGUCAAAAAGUUCUCACCAAUACUCUGUGUACCGUUCAUAAUUGAUUUUUUAAUGAUUAUGUUCUUUUAAUUGUUAUAAAAUGCGUGUCAUUCUGUUUAAAAAGAAAAAUUUAUUCAAGAUGUUUGUUUCAGUGUUACUAUUAAUUCCAAUAUUAUGUUUGUUAUAUGUUAAAUCCAAUGAAAAUCUUCAAACUGCUAUUGCCAGUAAACAGAUUAUGAUUCAAGAAAGCGCAGAUCCUGUAUUUGUCAAUGAAUUAGGAAAUUUCGAACCUCCUGAAACUCCGCCUAGAGUAGGUCCUGGAGAAGGUGGCAAACCUCAUUAUCUCAGAAGUGAUCAGCAAAAUGAAGAAAAAGCAUCGCUUACAGAAUACGGCAUGAAUAUGAAGUGCUCUAAUGAAAUUUCACUCAACAGGUCCAUUCCUGAUCUGAGAUUACCUGAGUGUAAACAUUGGAAUUACCCUGAACAUUUACCAAAGACAAGUGUAAUCUUGGUUUUUCACAAUGAAGGAUUUUCAGUUUUAAUGAGGACUGUUCACAGUGUUAUUAAUAAUACCCCUAAACAGUUCCUUGAAGAAAUUUUAUUGGUCGAUGAUUACAGUAAUAAAGAUGAUUUAAAAGAUAAACUUGAUAAGUAUAUUGAACGAUUCAAUGGUAAAGUACGUAUGCUGCGUAAUAAAGAGAGAGAAGGGUUGAUUAGAACGCGGUCACGUGGCGCCCGAGAAGCUCGAGGAGAGGUUAUUGUCUUCCUGGAUGCUCAUUGUGAGGUUAAUCUAAAUUGGCUUCCUCCUCUCCUUGCUCCAAUUAAAAAAAAUAGAUCAACUAUGACAGUUCCGGUGAUCGAUGGAAUAGACCACCAGACAUUUGAAGUCCGUCCAGUAUAUCAAGAGGGUCAUCAUUUCAGGGGUAUUUUCGAAUGGGGUAUGUUAUACAAGGAAAACGAACUUCCUAAAAGAGAAGCUGACACCCGUGAGCAUCAUUCGGAGCCUUACAGAUCUCCCACUCACGCAGGAGGUCUUUUUGCAAUCAAUAGAGAGUACUUUUUGGAAAUAGGUGCUUAUGAUCCUGGCCUUUUGGUUUGGGGCGGAGAGAAUUUUGAAUUAUCAUUCAAGAUUUGGCAGUGUGGAGGAAGUAUUCUGUGGGUUCCUUGUUCAAGAGUGGGCCAUGUUUAUCGUGGUUUUAUGCCUUACAAUUUCGGGAAACUUGCAAGGAAUAAAAAAGGAUCAUUAAUUACUAUUAACUAUAAGAGAGUAAUUGAAACUUGGUUCGAUGACAAGUAUAAAGAAUUUUUUUAUACAAGAGAACCGCUUGCAAGGUAUUUGGAUGAAGGAGAUCUAACUGAGCAGAGAGCAUUAAAAGAAAAACUGCAGUGCAAAGACUUCAGUUGGUUCAUGGAAAAUAUAGCAUAUGACGUCCUCGACAAGUUUCCAGAAUUACCUAAGAAUAUUCAUUGGGGAGAGAUGAAGAACUCUGCGACACAGACUUGUAUGGAUACCAUGGGCCAAGCCGCCCCUACAUUAAUGAGCCUUUCUUAUUGUCACGGCCAUGGAAAUAAUCAGCUAGUUCGUCUGAAUGCAAAAGGACAACUGGGGAUUGGAGAGAGGUGUAUUGAUUCCGACUCAUCAGGUAUCAAGCUUGUCUUUUGUCCGUUAGGAUCAGUGAGUGGACCUUGGCAAUAUGAUGAGGAUACACAUGUCCUGUAUCAUAAACAGAAAAGGAAAUGUAUGGCUGUUCAUCCCCAAAGUCAGCACCUUUCCCUGGCACCUUGCGACACUGUCAAUACGUACCAACAGUGGAUAUUCCGGGAGGUACAGCCUACUUAAGAUGAAGGAAUGAGAAAUAAAUCAAAAGACAUGUGCCUGUAAAAUGAAUGACAGCGAUUCAGAACUGCUGUAAUUUUGGACAUUCCUCUGCAACAUAUCAAUUGACCUUAACAAAUAUUCGAAUAAUUCAUCUUAAACAUAUUUAUUGUUAGUGUUAAUUAUUUCAAUUAUUAAAAAAUAUAUUUAUAAGUAUAUGUCAAAAACAGUUUUAUUUUUAUUUUUAUUCUAGUUUAAUAUAAUAAAUUUGAUCUUCCGUUUGGAAUGAUUGCAAUCUAUUGGUCUUAGCCAAAAAUUAAUUAUUGUUCUGUUAAAUUUUAAUUUUUAUCACACAUACUUCUUCAAGAACUAAAAUAUAUAAUAUCGUUUAUGUAUAUAUAUUGGAGAAGUAUGCUUGUUUAUAUAUGUUUCACAUUUUACUGUAUUCUGUCUCUCUAUAUCUAUCUCCAAAUUUUAAUUUUAAUAAACUUUGUGAAAUGCCAAUUUUUUAAAAUUAUUUUUUAUAUAAGCAUAAAUAAAACAUGAAAACUAAUACAUUUACACUCAGAAG